ACAUACUUGGGCGCUGUGGACAAAAUAUUCAGACGAGACAAUGCAACUCCAGAAUUAACCGCAGAAACUGGUGAACUGGUGAUUUUUACUUUUUUUUUUUUUCUGCUUAGAUGGACAAAGCCAAUUUUGAAAAAGGGUUACAGACGACGGUUGGAGCUGUCAGAUAUUUAUCAAAUCCCUUCUGCGGACUCUGCCGAUAAUCUUUCUGAAAAACUAGAAAGAGAGUGGGACAGAGAGCUGGCAACUUCAAAGAAAAAACCCAAACUUAUUAAUGCUCUUCGACGAUGCUUUUUCUGGAAAUUUGUGUUCUAUGGAAUAAUAUUAUAUUUAGGGGAAGUCACCAAAUCUGUGCAACCCCUUCUGCUGGGAAGAAUAAUAGCUUCCUAUGAUCCAGACAACUCUGACGAAAGAUCCAUAGCCUACUACCUGGGCAUUGGCUUGUGCCUUCUCUUCUUUGUGAGAACACUACUCAUACACCCUGCUAUAUUUGGUCUUCAUCAUAUAGGAAUGCAAAUGAGGAUAGCUAUGUUUAGCUUGAUUUAUAAGAAGAUCUUAAAACUCUCAAGCAGAGUUCUAGAUAAAAUAAGUACUGGACAAUUGGUCAGUCUUCUUUCCAACAAUCUGAACAAAUUUGAUGAGGGUCUUGCUUUGGCUCAUUUUGUAUGGAUUGCACCUUUACAAGUGGCACUGCUGAUGGGACUGCUCUGGGAUAUGUUAGAAGCUUCUGCAUUUGCUGGACUUGCUUUUCUAAUAGUCCUGGCCUUUUUCCAAGCGUGGCUGGGACAAAUGAUGAUGAAAUACAGGAAUAAGAGGGCAGGAAAGAUCAAUGAAAGACUUGUCAUCACCUCAGAAAUAAUUGAAAAUAUACAAUCAGUUAAAGCCUAUUGUUGGGAAGAUGCAAUGGAAAAAAUGAUUGAAAGCAUCCGUGAAACUGAACUGAAGCUAACCCGAAAAGCUGCUUAUGUGAGAUAUUUCAACAGCUCAGCCUUCUUCUUUUCAGGCUUUUUUGUGGUGUUUUUAGCUGUGCUUCCAUAUGCUGUGAUUAAAGGAAUUAUUCUCCGAAAAAUAUUUACCACCAUUUCGUUCUGCAUUGUUCUUCGAAUGACAGUGACCAGGCAGUUUCCCGGGUCUGUACAGACCUGGUAUGACUCUAUUGGAGCAAUAAACAAAAUACAGGAUUUCUUGCUGAAAAAAGAAUAUAAAGCCCUGGAGUAUAAUCUAACAACCACUGGGGUUGAGCUGGACAAAGUAACAGCUUUUUGGGAUGAGGGAAUUGGAGAGCUGUUUGUAAAAGCAAACCAGGAAAACAACAACAGCAAAGCUCCUAGCACUGACAACAAUCUCUUCUUCAGUAAUUUUCCCCUUCAUGCCUCUCCUGUUCUUCAGGACAUAAAUUUCAAGAUUGAGAAGGGACAGUUAUUAGCUGUUUCUGGAUCUACUGGAGCAGGCAAGACUUCUCUUCUGAUGUUGAUAAUGGGAGAAUUGGAGCCUUCGCAGGGUAAAAUUAAACACAGUGGAAGGAUAUCCUUUUCACCUCAAGUCUCCUGGAUCAUGCCUGGAACAAUAAAAGAAAACAUAAUUUUUGGUGUAUCCUAUGAUGAAUACCGAUACAAGAGUGUCAUCAAAGCCUGCCAACUAGAAGAGGACAUUUCCAAGUUCCCAGACAAAGAUUGUACAGUGCUGGGCGACGGUGGAAUCAUUCUGAGCGGAGGCCAGCGAGCACGAAUCUCACUAGCAAGAGCAGUGUACAAAGAUGCUGAUUUGUAUCUCCUGGAUUCUCCUUUUGGACAUUUAGACAUUUUUACAGAAAAAGAGAUAUUUGAAAGCUGUGUGUGCAAGUUGAUGGCAAAUAAAACUAGGAUCUUGGUUACUUCAAAACUGGAACAUUUAAGGAUUGCUGACAAAAUAUUAAUUUUACAUGAAGGGAGCUGCUAUUUCUAUGGAACAUUUUCUGAACUUCAGGGUCAACGGCCAGACUUCAGCUCAGAGCUGAUGGGAUUUGAUUCUUUUGAUCAGUUCAGUGCAGAGAGAAGAAAUUCAAUUCUAACUGAGACUCUCCGACGGUUUUCUAUUGAAGGAGAAGGCAUGGGAUCACGAAAUGAAAUAAAGAAGCAAUCUUUCAAACAAACAUCAGAUUUUAAUGACAAAAGGAAGAACUCCAUAAUUAUUAACCCCCUUAAUGCAAGUAGGAAGUUCUCAGUAGUGCAGAGGAACGGGAUGCAGGUCAACGGGAUAGAAGAUGGCCACAACGACCCACCAGAAAGGAGGCUCUCGCUGGUACCUGACUUGGAACAGGGAGAUGUAGGUCUGCUUCGGAGUAACAUGCUAAACACUGACCAUAUACUGCAAGGUCGGAGGAGGCAAUCUGUGUUAAACCUGAUGACGGGCACCCCUGUGAACUACGGACCAAACUUUUCCAAAAAGGAAAGUACAUUUCGGAAAAUGUCUAUGGUGCCUCAGACAAACCUGUCUUCUGAGAUAGAUAUCUACACCAGGCGCUUGUCUCGAGACAGUGUUUUGGACAUAACUGAUGAAAUCAAUGAAGAGGAUUUGAAGGAAUGCUUUACUGAUGAUGCUGAAAUCAUGGGUACUGUUACCACAUGGAAUACUUAUUUUAGAUACGUUACUAUCCACAAAAACUUGAUCUUUGUUCUAAUUUUGUGUGUGACUGUCUUCUUAAUUGAGGUAGCUGCUUCUCUUGCUGGGUUAUGGUUUCUUAAAAAGACAGCUUUGAAAGCAAAUGCAACACAGUCAGAAAACAGUACCUCUGACAAACCUCCUGUGAUUGUCACUGACACUAGCAGCUACUACAUCAUUUAUAUCUAUGUGGGAGUGGCAGAUACCCUGCUGGCCAUGGGAAUCUUCAGAGGUUUGCCCCUUGUGCAUACGCUUAUAACAGUGUCUAAAACUCUUCAUCAAAAGAUGGUGCACGCAGUUCUUCAUGCACCUAUGUCAACAUUCAACUCUUGGAAAGCAGGUGGUAUGCUUAACAGAUUCUCAAAAGAUACGGCAGUACUGGAUGACUUACUUCCACUUACAGUAUUUGACUUCAUUCAG